GACUGAGUAUUCCUGAUCUCUCAGAGAGAGGCUGUGAAGCUCUGUCCUUAGUUCUCAGCUGCCACUCCUCAAGUCUGAGAGAACUAGACCUGAGUUUCAAUGACCUGCAAGCUUCAGGAAUGAAGCUUCUCUCUGCUGCAGUGGAGAGUCCAUGGUGUACACUGGAAAUGCUCAGACUGCAUCUCUGUAACCUCUCAGAGAGAAGCGAUGAAGCUCUGUCCUCAAUUCUCAGCUCCCAAUCUUCCAGUCUGAUAGAGCUGGACCUGAGUAACAACAACUUGCAUGAUUCAGCAGUAAAGCUACUGACUGCUGGAUUUAGGGCUCCACACUGUAAAGUGAAUACUUUGAGACUUAGUCACUGCAAGUUCUCAGAGAGAGGCUAUGACGCUCUGUUCUCAGUUCUCAGCUCCCACUCAUGUAGUCUGAGACAGCUGGACCUGAGUAACUGUGAUCUGGAGGUUUCAGUGAAGUUUCUGUCUGCUGGAGUCAAGAGUCUACACUGUAAAAUGGAAACUCUCAGUCUGUCAGGCUGUCUGAUCACAGAGGAAGGUUGUACUUCUCUGGCCUCAGCUCUGAGCUUCAACCCCUCCCAUCUGAGAGAGCUGGACCUGAGCUACAAUCAUCCAGGUGACUCAGGAAUGAAGCUGCUGUCGGCUGGACUGAAGGAUCCAGGCUGGAGACUGGACACUCUCAGGUAUGGAGAGAAUGUCUGAUAGAGGCGGAAGAGCUGGAAUCAUUUCCUGUGUCCUUCACUCACUUCCUCUUUGUUUCCUGC